CGGUCAUGUGAUCAGCUGUGUCCAAUUAUAGCUGAUCACAUGGCACUGAUGAUCAGUGUGCCCUGAUGAUCAGUGUGGCCCCAGAAGUGCCACCUGUCAGAGUCCAUCAGUGCCAGCCGAACAGUGCCACGUGCCAGUGCCAGUGCCCAUCAGUGCCACAAUGCCACAUAGUGCAUACCAGUGCACAUCAAUGCCACAAAUCAGUGCCCAUCUGAGCUGCCUUUCAGUGUCACCCAUCAGUGCCAGUCAGUGCCACCUAUCAAUGCCAAUCAGUGCCACCUAUCAGUGCCAGUCAGUGCCGCCUAUCAGUGCCAGUCAG